CAUUUUUUUUUUUUUUUUGGGUGGAUUGAAAUGGUGAAAAACUAAACCUUUGUUUGGUGGGAUGGAAUUUUGAAAUGUGGAUCAAUACUAGAAAUGAUUCCAAAUUUGAAUUGAAUUUAUUUUCAUAAAUUUCUAAUCCCGUGCGCCAUGCUAGUGACAGGAAGACUGUGUAAUUUGAGGACCCAAAUCCAAUUCAUUUUCUUCUAUCAUCACUUCAGUCCCAUCCGUGCGAGUCGCGACCAAGGCCAUCGCCAUCUCUCGCCCCACUGCCGGUCAGUCCGCCCCUCAGGCCUGCUCUCCGUCACCACACCUCGCCACCGGCAUCGGCUCCCUGACGUCCCCGUUCACGCGGCGGUCCAUCCCUGUUGUUCCGAAGGAUUCACAAAUCAAGCAUGUCGUUGUGGUUUCAUGAAAUUUAGUUUUAGAAUUCGCAAAACCAAGAGAGCUGGCCAGCCUUGAUACUCACUUGUUUGAAACCUCAAAUUGAAGUGUGGGUACAGAUCACAUCAAAAUAGCAGGCCCAAAUAUAAACUUAGCCAGCCUGCUGCAUAACCUAUUAAAAAUGUUCGUCAUCUACAGAAUCUCCCCCCUCCCUCUCUUCAUUCUGCAACCAACAGGCAUACUGAAAUCCGCUUGAACACAAACUAAUACGUUCAUAAUAUAGAAGCAUACCCACACUCAUAUACUCAUGAACUUGGGAAAGAACUUUAUCCAUCCAUUCAUAAAAUCAGCCCAUUACAAUUUCCAACAACACCGUACAAUAGUAAAAGUGCGUUUAAAAUGGGUGAAAAACCGCUCACUGGACCAUAUAAUCGACGUCCAAACAGAUCUUAAGGCUGCUUGUCUAAUAAAAGAUGCUAUUACCCGCUCCUCCACAGGAUACUUAACUGCAAAAUCGCUUUCUGAUUCCCAAAAGCUGUUGGGCCUCACUGUCCCGACUCUACGCUUCAUUCGGCGGUACCCUACGCUGUUUGAGGAGUACCCUCACCCAAAAUAUCCGUCCUUACCCUGUUUCAGGCUUACACAAUUGGCCCAAAUGCUACAGGAGAGAGAAAUGAGAGUGUUUGAGGAGUGCGAAGGUGAUACUGUGGAGAGGCUUUGCAAAGUGCUCAUGAUGACCCAGAAUAAAGUGGUGCCUGUACAAUCGUUGCAUUCCUUGAAAUGGGACUUGGGGCUGCCUAAUGAUUUUGACCGCAAUUUAGUUAAAAAGUAUCCAGAAAAAUUUCGGGUUGUUAAGGAGAGAAAUGGAUUGGACUGUUUGAAACUUGUUCAGUGGCAGGAAGAAUUCUCGGUUUCUAAGUUACAAGAGAUCAAUGAGAAGAGUGUACCCUUGAGCACAGAUAAUGCUAAUAGUAAUGGUCUUGUUGGUUAUGGGAGAUUUAAGAAGGGCAAGGCAGCGUUAGAGUUCCCUAUGAGUUUUCCAAGGGGUUAUGGAGCACAGAAGAAGGUGAAGGCAUGGAUGGAUGAGUUUCAAAAGUUGCCAUAUAUUUCUCCUUACGAGGAUUCAAGAGGAAUUGAUCCAAAUAGCGAGCUUAUGGAGAAAAGGGUGGUUGGUGUGCUGCAUGAAUUUUUGAGCUUGACUAUUUAUAAGAAAACUAAAAGGAAUUACCUGAGGAGCUUGAGGGAGGAUUUGAAUCUUCCGCACAAGUUUACUCGAAUAUUUACGAGGUACCCUGGGAUAUUCUACCUCUCACUGAAGUGCAAGACAACAACUGUGGCAUUGAGAGAAGGGUAUCGUAGGGGAAGACUGGUGGACCCUCAUCCUCUUUCUCGCCACAGGGAUAAGUUUCACUAUGUAAUGAGAACUGGGUUGGUUUAUCGAAAUAAAGCUGCAGAUUUUUUACCCCAGCUAGACAAUUUGGUUGAAAAUGCUGAGAAUGAUACUGCAGAAGAAGAAUCUGAUGAAGAAGAAAUUGAAAUGGCUGGUGAAUGCUAUGAUUCAGAAGCAGAAGUUGGUUCUGAUGACGGUUGACAUGCUAAAGAAGCUAGAAUUUAUGGAAAAAGGAAAAGACGUAUACUCUCGAGGUAAGCGAAGAUAACUAUGAUACAAUCCAUUCUUCAUAUCUUUGUUUUAUUUAGUCAAUGAGGAUUGGCUAGUUGAUAGGUUGUUGGAGCUAGUUUUUAAACCCACUGCUGAUACACUUGAAAAUCUGCUGUGUUCUUUUGGAAUUUUUCAACUCCAUAUAAUCAGAGCUUUAUAGGUGACCCUAUUGGCUAAGGAGGUGCAACUGUAAGAUGGCAUCUUCACUUCUAGGAAUGAAUUGGAGCGAGUUUUGUCAUUGUAGUCAAAACUCCUGGGCAAACUAGGCCGAUAGACUGGUCUAUUGCCUAGGUUACUGGUGACACCAAGAUGACAUUAAUCUCAAUGUUCUUCUCUUCCAUUCUCUCUUCCCCAUUCUACCUUUUUCCCUCUACUUUUAUUAUAUGUAUAUAGUGUAACAUAGUUCUAUUGUGCUGUUAAAUGAAUUUAUACAUUGUGUGUGUGUGUGUGUGUGUGUGUGUGUAAUUUUUAGUUCUCAUAAGGGCACAAUAGUGCUCAAAAUAAGUAGCAAGUUUAUCUAUGGUAUUGUAUACUAUAAACUCAAGAUAUAGAAUAAUUGAAGUGAAAAUUUAGCUUCAAACCUGGGCCCCAUGGGCUUUUGGCCCUAGCUUGAGUCCCAGGUGGUUGCUAGGUGCCCUGCUGAAUGUCAAAAAACUAAUACUUGAUAAGUGAUCGACCUUUGAGUAUCAAUUCUAAAAGAGUUGAUCGGAUUACGUUUUUUUGGGGAAAAAAAAAUCGUGUAGAAAUAUGUUCGCAUUGAUAUAUAAUUUUCCUACAAUGUUUAUUUUGUUGACAACAUUCUUCUCCAGGAACUUAAGUUUGUGGUGCCAAUGCUCUGAGCAUUCCUAGUGAAGCAAUAAAUUCUUGUGACACUGAUUUUUGACUAUUUCGAAAUAAUCACAGCAUUCAAGAAAAGAAAACUGAAGAGCAAGAACUAGUCAAGAAACAUUUAUGACUUAUGAGCAGCUUUUUCGAUUUCGAUUUCGAUGGUGGAAUGGAAGAUGAUUGCAGAUCUGAUAUGGAAUAUGUGAGGAUAUGACAGACAUCUUGAAUGACUUCAGAGCUGGUUUUAGUUUAUAAGCUUAUUAUGAACCCUAGUCAGGUUCAAUUGGGAGACUUCCAACUCCAAAACUAACCAUUGACAGGAUGCACAGGCUACUAUGGCCAUUUUUUUAAUUGUAUCCAUAAACUGCUUGUAUACAUUUUGUUCUAAAUAAAGUUACUCCUCUUCAUUAUUUAUGCAAUCAAACCCAACCAGUGCAGUUGAGUUGAUGAAAGAGAUCAUUCAUUUUUUUUU